CUUCCACAGUUUGUUUUCAUUCAUGCUGUCCGGCUGCUAUCGUUGAGCCUCAGCGAGUUAGCAUCUGUUUUGCUCUCUUUUUUGUUAACCUGCCUGUACCAUUAACUUAAAAUGAACUCCAAAGCUAACGGAGAAGAAGACGAAGAUUGUCUGUUUCUUGAACAAGUUUUGGACAAACUGUAUGACUUUGGUAAUAAACCAGCAACCAAAAAGAAGUAUCGGAAGAAGGGAAAACGGAAGAGAUGUGAGGAAGAGGAGGAAGAAGAAGACGCUCCUUCAGCUGACAAUGAAGACAACAGAGCGGAGCAUUUUGGUGUUGCUCACCAGCAGCAACAAUCAAAGGCUGACAACACUACUCCUCAGCAAACAGGUAUCAUGUCUUACUCAGGUCCUACCAUGCAGCAGGUGAGUCAGGUGGAGGUAGUGACCUUCCAGGACCCCACUAAGAAACAGAAGACCAAGCCGACGCCAGCACCUGACAAAAUACCUCCCCUUCAGAUAAAAGAGAAGAAGCAAAGCGACCAGCUAGAAGAACUCAAUUUGGAAAAGGCUCGUCUGGAGGUGCAUCGGUUUGGAAUCACUGGCUAUAAGAAGGAGCAGCAGCGUGUUUUUGAACAGGACAGAGCAGUCAUGCUGGGAGCCAGGCCUCCUAAGAAGGAGUAUUGCAACUACAAGGUGCUACAGCAGCAGAUCAAAGAGAAGAAGCAGAAAGCAAAGGAGGAGGUUCAACCGGACCUGAAGAAAAAGAAGAAGCAGAAUAAUCAAAGCAGGGACAAGAAGAAGAACGCGUCCUCUGGUUCGGCCUCGGCUCCCUCAGGUCAGGUCGGGCGCUUCAAGAACGGCAUGCUGAUCCUCAGCUCCAAGGAGAUCCAGAAAAUCAAAGGCAAAAGGGGAAGCAAAUAGGUGACCAAUUAAAUCUUCAGGAUGGGAAAAUAUCAGCAGACCAGAGGAAGAACCGGUAUCCAAACCUCCAUCAGUGACUUUGCAGCCAAACAUGAAGGAGGAAAUGGACAAAACCUGAUGUUGAGAAGCAGAUUUCCUGAGGACAUGUCUCAGGUCUGCUGUAAAAUAUGAGGUGACGGUGUUCCUGGUGAAAGACCGCUGAGUCAGGAUCCAAUUUAUCAGUCUUCAAAACGGACCCUGAAUGUGCGCCAUGGCAGGAAGUUAAAUGCACAAAACUGGAGUCUCUGUCGAAUCAUAUUCCAUCACAGUUAAUUUAUUUUUGUUUUAUAAAUGACCGAAAAAAGAA